GGGAGCGAGGCUGGGUUCAGCCCUCCCUCUAUAAAGCAGCUCAGACAACUCCAGGCCCACACCAGUCCACAUGGAGUGUCACUUGGCUCGUUUACUGCUCCUCUUGCUCUGUGCCUCCAGCUGCUCGCGGCCCCUCCUCGGAAAGGCACAGCAAGAUCCCGGCAGCUUCCCCGCCUACAUGCUGGAGCUGUACAAGGCGAUGACAGGGAGAGUGUCCCGGGCCGUCUCUGUCCCCGAGCGCAGCGCCGUCCUGGAAGCCGAUGAAGUUGUCAGCCUGGCGGCCAGAGGUUGGAAUUACAGUGGGGAGAGUUGGGUCAUUGACUUUGACAUGACUUCCAUUGCUGAGCGGGACUUUGUGCAGUUUGCGGAGCUCAGGGUCCGAAUGCACCCAAUGUCUGCCUGCCCAAACACCACCAUCCUCAUCAACCACAUUCACGACUACAAAUGCCAGGGCAACAGCACCUGCCACAAUCGCUCGCCACUCGGCUCCUUCACCGGAAACCCUUCCACUGCCAGUACCAGCUGGCAGGUCUUCGAUGUUACUGGUUUGCUGAACAGAUGGCUGAACGGGGGCACGCCACUUCGGUCUGAGAUGCCCGAGAGCCGGGACAUUCACCGAACCCCUCCCAGAGAGCACCGGCGAGGCGUGGGCCCUGAGCAGUGCCUGCGAGGCAAGCUGACCAAACUGGCAGAGGCAGGCAGCUGGGGCAAGCCCCCUCACCAGAGGGCAGUGCAGAUCAUGAUGGUUGUGUUUUUCAAGAGGAGCAGGGCGGAGCUGGGAGGGAUUACUUCCACACUCCUCAGGACUGUGGAGCGCUCCAAGUUCCAAUGGACUGGCAGGGCUGGUGAGGUUGCCAACGGCAAGAGAUGGAAGAGAAACCGUAAGGAGAGGCUGAACAUGGGGAACAGUACAUCGGUGAGAGACCAGUCUCUGUGUCGACGGAUGGAUAUGGAGGUGAACUUUGAGCGGAUCGGUUGGGGGGACUGGGUCAUACACCCCAAAACCUUCAAUGCCUACAGAUGUGGGGGCGAGUGCCCAUCACCUGUGGAUGAGACUUUCAUGCCAACCAACCACGCUUACAUGCAGAGUUUGCUGAAAUCCUUUCAACCGCAACGUGUUCCCUGCACGUCCUGUGUGCCAGUUAAGAUGAGCCCUCUCUCGAUGUUAUACUAUAAGAAUUGGGAUGUGGUUUUGAGCCAUCUCACAGACAUGAUUGUGGAGGAGUGUGGGUGUCACUGAUCCAAGCCCCACAAUAGAAAC